AUGUUAAGGCUGUUUCUGCAUCAUUCUACAUUCAGUGUAACAGUUAAAACUCACUGUGUUGGACAGAUCCUGGAGCUGCCUUACAAAGGGAAGGACCUCAGCAUGCUCAUCUUCCUGCCCUAUGAGAUGGAGGACGACACAACUGGUCUGGAGAAGCUGGAGAAGGAGCUGACCUACGAGAAGUUUGUGGAGUGGACACAACCACACAAGAUGUACACAGAGGAGGUUGACGUGGGCCUGCCCCGAUUCAAGAUGGAGGAGUCGUACAACCUGAAAGACAACCUCACCCGCAUGGGGAUGGUCGACGCCUUUGAUGUUAGAAUGAGCGACUUCUCUGGCAUGUCUCCGGCCAACGACCUGGUGCUGUCCCAGGUGGUGCACAAGGCUUUUGUGGAGGUCAACGAAGAGGGAACCAAGGCUGCCGCCGCCACUACUUCCAACAUAAUGUUGUGCUGCGGCAUUCCCACAUUCAUCGCAGACCACCCCUUCCUCUUCUUCAUCCGACACAAACCCAGCAUGAGUGUCCUGUUUGCUGGCCGAUUCUGCUCGCCUGCCUGAGCACUGCAGUGCUUUCU